AUGGCAUCUGGACGGACGCUGGUCUUCGGCGGCCGUGGCUUUGUGGGCGCCGCGGUUUGCAAGGAGCUAGCCAGACGAGGACUGACACCGGUACUGAGUCUGGGCCGCUCCCAACCCAAAGCUCAGUCCGAGGGUGCUAUCCAGGAAGUGGGUGGUGUAGAUGCUUUGAAGCCCGAGACUUUUGAGGGACUUCUUCCAGAUGCACGGGCCGUUGUGAUAGCUGUUGGCGAACCGCCCUGGGUGACUGACAAGGAGAGAGCGAUGAGGUCAAACGGAACCACGAACAUCACCAUCAUGCAGACAGCAGCAAAGUACAAGGUCCCUCGUGUAGUACUCGUCAAUGCCACGAUGCCGACGUGGUCCGUGAUAGCUGGAUACCGCGAAGGGAAACUGGCUGCAGAGAGGGAAGCCUUGAGCUACCCAGACAAGUGCGAGUCACCUUGCAGCGUUCUCGUGAUCAAGCCAGGUGCCAUCUCCGGCACCCGCCAAGAGGGUUGCUUUCAGGUGCCGCUCUGGCUGCUGCUGGAACCCAUGCGGCUGGUGAUGUCGGCCUUGUCAGGGCCCUGUGAGGCCAUCGAGAGAUGGUUCCCCAGCCUGUUUGGAGGCGUGUUGCGACCGCCCGUGCGUGUGGAGGAGAUUGCCAUGGCCGCGGCAGAUCUUGUGCAGGACACGUCUUUCAAGGGCAUCCGUGAGAUCGGCACGAAGGAGCUUGUUGGUUACGUGAGUUCCAGCUCCCAGAAGCAGGACUGA